GCGUCUUCUGUACCACAUAUUCGAUGCUCCAAUCUUGCCACAAAAUUCACAUCAACAUUUGAGAGGUUAUGUAUUGAAUCACGUAACAAACAUGAAAUAAGCUUUAUCAUUUUUAAUGUCACCUAAAGAGAUAUGGUUUUAGACAAGCCCUGUAGAACUUGUACAGAUUUUAAAACAUGGGCAAAAUUACAGAAGGAAACAUUCGAUUCAGAACAAAAAACACAACAAAAAGUGAAAGAUCCUCAUGGCUCUGCGCAACAGGCAGAGUCUACGGGAGCAACAAAUAGGCGCAAUGAUUGUCCUCUUGAUAAAGAUGAGCUAGGUUCUAAAACAUGGGCCUUCUUGCAUACAAUGGCUGCCUACUACCCUGAUAAACCAACGAGCGAGCAAAAGACGGAUAUGAAGAACUUUUUCACUAUAUUUUCCAAGUUUUAUCCAUGUAAUACAUGCGCAGAGGAUUUGCAGGUGCAACUGAGAAAGUCACCACCAGAAACUGAAUCCCAGCAUCACCUGAGCCAAUGGCUUUGCAAUAUACACAAUCAAGUAAAUGAAAAAUUAGGAAAGCCUUCCUUCGAUUGUAACUUGGUUAAUCAAAGAUGGCGAGAUGGAUGGUUGGAUGGUUCUUGUGACUGAACAAAUUACACAUGGCAAUUAAGUCUUGUGAACUUGGUGCAAAACGUUACUAUCAUUAAAACAAUAUUGAAACAGCCUUGAGAAAAGACUUUAAGCUGAUUAAUAACAGAAAUUCAGAAUUUUUACUCUCAAGUCAUUGAAGCAAUUCAUCGGAAUUUCAUGACUAUAAGUAUGUAAUGAGAAAUGAUCAAGGUACAAGAAAAAUUUUCAUUUGAAAUCUUAGCAUUUCUAGUAAGUUACACUUAUUUGGCUAUGGAUUAAGCUUCUUGUUCAUUCUUAGUGUGAACUGAUACAAGAAAAGCAAUAUAGACUGAUAAGGGAAAUAAUCAAACCAAGGUUCCCAUGAUAAAUCAUGAAACUUGCAUUUAGAAAAUUUUGUGUCUUCAAUGUAUCUAGGUAUGAAA